AAAGCACUGGGCUCCCUCCCUUACGAGCACGAAGUAGAAUGCCAAUAUCUUUUUUCUCGUGUGCAUUCUUUCUUCCCUGGAAUCUCUUCAACUGUUUUGCAAUUUCUUGUUCAUUCUUUUCAAACAAGGCGGUCAUUUUCCAGUUUUUCCCAUUCAAACCAUCUCGCCGUCAUGGUCUUCUACCCUGCGCCAUGGCUGCCCAAAUUGCCAGAGAUCCCGGAUACGGUACCGAUAUGCGAAUUCAUGUUCGAUGAGCAGUACGGGCGACGACCCUACGCCGAGUCGUGGGACACCUACACGUGCGGUCUCACCGGCAAGAGCAUCUCUGCGACACAGCAGAGGGAGAGAUUCGAGAAAUUGGCGCGAGCAUUGUCAAGAGAGCUCGGUUGGAAAGUCAACGAGGGCUCCGAGUAUGACAAGGUUGUUGGUGUGUUUGCGCUGAACACGAUCGAUAUCAUGACCUUGUCAUGGGCAAUUCACAGAAUGAACGGGGUGUCGUCGCCCGCCAACGCAGCCUACAGCGCAGACGAGCUUCGGCACCAACUCACCAACUCGGGCGCCACGGUGCUCUUCACUGUCAUGCCUCUGUUGGAAACGGCGCUAGAAGCCGCGGCAAAGGCGAACAUACCCAGAAGCAAAGUCUACAUAUGCGAGAUGCCAAAUGAUCCUCCCAUUCCCAAGGAAUUCAAGACCCUCGGUCAGUUAGUAAAAGAAGGAGAGUCACUGCCGGAGCUGGAACCCAUCAAAUGGAGCAAAGGUCAGGGUGCGAGACAGACCGCGUUUUUGUGCUAUUCGAGUGGCACUUCAGGUCUCCCCAAGGGUGUCAUGAUCAGCCAUAGAAACGUGAUUGCGAAUACCGUCCAGAUAACUCUGUAUGACAAGCCGGCUCGAGAGGCAGUUGCGCCUGGCUACCACGACAUCGCCCUCGGUCUCUUGCCGCAGUCACACAUUUAUGGGUUGAUCGUGACUAGCCAUGCGUCGACCUACCGGGGUGAUCAAGUUAUAAUCCUUCCUAAAUUCGACCUGCAGCACUACCUCAACUCGAUCCAGACGUACAAGAUCAACACCCUGUACAUCGUCCCACCGAUUAUCAUCGCAAUGGUCAAGCAACAGCAACUUCUCCAAAAGUUCGACUUGUCGAGCGUGAGAUGUAUCUUCACGGGUGCCGCUCCACUAGGCGAGGAAACGGCCCAGGAACUGGCGGCUCAAUAUCCAAAAUGGAUCAUUCGACAGGGGUACGGGCUGACGGAGACGUGCACGGUGGUGUGCUCGACGUCUCCGGCCGAUGUUUGGUUCGGCUCGUCAGGUUGCUUGGUCCCGGGUUACGAGGCCAAGAUCCUGAGCAUCGAGGGCAACGAGAUCACGGGGUACAACCAGCGCGGUGAACUCUUGGUCAAGUCACCCAGCGUGGUCUUGGGUUACCUGAAGAACGAAAAGGCGACCAAGGAGACGUUUGUGGACAUGCCCGAGGGCCGAUUCAUGCGAACCGGCGAUGAAGUUGAAAUCCGGGUGUCGCCAAAGGGCAACGAACAUAUCUGGGUCGUGGACCGAAUAAAGGAACUCAUCAAAGUCAAGGGUCUUCAAGUCGCCCCGGCAGAGCUGGAAUCGUGCCUACUCAAUCACCCCGCCGUCGCCGAUUGCGCCGUCAUCCCCGUCCCCGACGAGCGAGCUGGCGAGGUCCCCAAGGCUUUCGUGGUCAAGUCCCAGUCGGUCGGCCUGGAGGAGAGCGAUGCCAUGGUCAAGCGCAGUAUCGCCAAGCACGUCGAAAAGGAAAAGGCUCGCCACAAGUGGCUUGCCGGCGGCAUCGAGUUCAUCGAUGUCAUUCCCAAGAGUGCGUCGGGCAAGAUUCUCAGACGGUUGCUCAGGGACCAAGAAAGAGAGAAGCGCAAGAAGGCCGGUGCCAAGCUAUAGAGACAUUUUGGCCGCUGUGUACGAUUGGAGAAUGUAGCUUCUUACAUAGAACACUGCGAGAUGGUUUCUGAUUGUUUUUCUUUUUUGGCAAGGGAUACGAACAAGACAGAGAUACCUAGGUAUUCAAACAACGGUAAAAUGCUC